AUGUUCCUUCGCCAAAACGUGCUGUUCGCUGUCGUCCUCCUCUGGAAUCUAACCGAAUCGGCUUUCGAUAACGAUAACAAGACGCAUGUUGAUGCUCACGACAACAGCAGUAGUUCACGCCUGACCGAGAACCCGCUCGAUGGCCACUCAUUUUCGGAGCUCCAGGAAUCAGCUCCUGUGAACGAGACCAACCGCGUGGACCAGCUAAACGAAACAAGGGGACCGACUGCACACGUGUCAGUGCUACGACAGAUGCACCCAAAAGCCAUGUUCAACGCACUACAUCUCGACAAGUAUAUCACGGGUCCCCUUGAUUUCAAGACCGCUACAGGAUUGAGAAGCUGGAUGGGGUAUGCAGGGACGUAUGAUAAACAUGGACAGAAGGGACGCUGGUACACGACCAGGAAGGUUUUUUUCAUGCUGGUGAAAACCCGUCCGGUCAACGAAGUGUUGCGCCUGUUCUGGUAUGGUAACAAGCAGGAAGAAGCUCGCAUGUUGCAAACCAUGCUGGCAGAACCCGGCUUCUCAGCUUUGCGCAAGUCGAUGAAUCAGCAGUGGCUGAAAUCGGGAACUAGACCUGAAACAGUUUUCUGGCUUCUUGGCGUCGGUAAGAAGUUUAUCGCGAAGGACCCGGACGCCUUUCACUGGAUAUGGUACUGCGAUCGGUUCAGGCAAAAGUACGGUGAUGCCGCUUUUCCUGCUGUGGAGAUAGUGAAAUCCUUACGGGAAAAGGAUACGCUUGGCAAUCCAUUGUUGUACGGCGCAUAUUUCCAGCGGAUCAAGCAUGAUGCUAAAGAGCUAAGGUUUCUAACAGACGAGAUGGAGGAAGUACUGUACGACUGGAUGAUCAAAGUGGAGGAGAUAACGCCCUUGUCCGCCUAUUCCAGUCUGCAAGCGUCCAUGGAAGCCGACUUGUUGGGACUAGAGAAGACCGAUCGACGGCUCUGUGCUUUGAAAGCAUUUACGCUGGCGUCUACAAGAAGUAUAGGUGAAUAUCUAGCAAUGAAGGACGCCUUCGAGAACAAGCCGCGGGAGGUCAUCCUCGGCCUCUUGUAUUUGAUUAGUAAACCUUUACCUGAACUGUGGUAA